AUGUCAACAAUUAAAAUUAAAAGACAUAUUAUUAUACCAUGGAGAAGUAUUUCAAGAGAUCAAUCUAAUAAUAAUAGCAAUGUUAGUAUAACAAAUGACAACAAAAAUGACAGUCACCUAAAAACAUCUCAAUUUUCAAAUCUUUCUAAAAUUUCAGCUGAUACACCUCCAAGUUAUUCUGUAUCUGAAAAUUCAGUUGGAGAGAUGGUUAGCCAAAAACGAGGAGUAACAUGGCCAAAUAGACCUUUAACAGGAUACUACUCUAUAAAAGAACAUAAAAAAAGAAAAGCAUUUAUUCAAAAAAAAACUAUGGACCAAAAAAAAGUAGAAAAAAAGAAUACCAAUAUAAUUUUGGGUGAACAAAAGCAAGAAAAAGUUAAUUCUAAAUCUUCUAAAAAGAAUAUCAAGUGCAUGUCCUCUAAUGAUAAUUCCUCAUCAUCCACUAAAAGCACAUCGGAAAAAGAAAAAAAAGUCAAUGAAGAAAAAGAAAGUAUGAAAUUUUAUCAAUUUUGUGGAACUAAAAGUCCUGAAGAAAUUGAAAAAUUAGUCUUGUACUGUAACACCUACUAUUUAUUUUAUAAUAAUAAAAGAGAAAACAAAUUAGAAAUACCAUAUGAAAUUCCACUGAAGGCUGCAUAUUUCAAUCAAAAAACUAAAAAGGUAGAUUAA